AUGCCGGCCUGCCCCAUUCCGCCUUGCUGCCCUGUCGUUAAGUGCCACGCUGCCCUAUCUCUGCAGCACCGCGCCGCUGCUGCUGCUGCUGUUAAGGCCACGCCGUCCCAUCACCACGCUGAUGCUGUGACUGCACUCCACGCUGCUGCCCACCAUGCCACUGCCAAACGCCAUUGCCAUGCUGCCAUGCUGCAGGCGCUGGGGGAAGCGCAGGGAGGAGGAGGUGAGUGUGAGCAUGAUCGCGCCCAUGAGGAUGAGAGGGGAGGGAGUGAAACAUUCCCAAGGAGCAGGAGAGGGCGGGCACCGUGCUGGACACACCCCCCCCCCAACCAUCUGCGCCACCACGGACGCCCGUAUACGCGUCCCCACCUGCAGCUCUUGACUCCCCCUUCCUUCCUCCCCUUUCUCACCAGCCCGCGCCCCUCCCCCCCUGCUACUCCAUCCCACGCUCGCUGCCUCUCACUCCUCCCUCUGCCUGCCCUCCUUCGCGCUGCUGCUCCACUGCACCCACUGCCUGUCUGGCCCCGUCGCUUGCGGCACCCAGCACGCCCCGCUCCUGCGCACCUUCUCCCUUGCGCUCUCCCUUCUCCUCCCCCUCAUCUCCUCCCCCUCAUCUCCUCCCCCACUCCCCUUCCCUCCCUCCCCUCUCUCUCCGCUGUCCCACGCCCUGCACUGCCAGCUCGUCCAUCAGCCACCGCGGUGCCGCCGCCACCGCCGCCGUCUCCCAUGCCCCCUCGCCUUACCCCUCGCUCCGGCAAGUUGCCGCAGGAUGGAGGAGCGAGUGGAGGAGGCUACAGCCAUGGCGCUGAGAACGCCGCAGCCCGGCCUUGA